AUGACGCACCCCGCGGUCGCCACCGCCGCCGCGCCCGCGUCGAGCGGCGAAGCGAACGCGCCCGAGGAGACGCACUGCGCGCUCGUCGAGGAGGCGGUCCGCGUCGCGGUUCAAACGAAUCACUUCGUCGUCGCCGCGGACGCGAUGGCGGCGCUAUUGAGAGCGCGCGGCGCGGACGCGAUCGACCUCCUGCACGAGUUCGUGGGAACGACGCAAAAGUACGCGAUACCGCCGACGUCGCGGUUCUACGUCGGCGCCGCGGCGUUGGGCGCCUCGGGCGCGGUGUUCCUCGGCGUCAACGUCGAGUUCCCCGGGCUGCCUCUGAACGCGAGCGUGCACGCGGAGCAGUUCGCGCUCGUGACCGCGCUCAGGGCGAACGAGACGCGCCUCGUCGCGAUCGCGACGACCGCGGCGCCGUGCGGGCACUGCCGCCAGUUCAUGAACGAGCUCAGGCACGCGUCGGAGCUGUGCUGCGUGAUACCCGAGGACGCGAAGGCGCCGGGGGGUCGGCCGGGGGCGAAGUUCGCGAGAUACGCGCUCAGAGAGCUGCUCCCGCACUCGUUCGGGCCUUUAGAUUUGACCCACGACGUGAAGUUGCCGCUGCUGUUAGAGUCACGGCAUAACCGCCUCGCGUUCGCGGACGACGACGACGGCGGCGGCGGCGGCGGCGGCGCGACGACGAGCGGCGGCGGCGGCGGCGGCGGCGGCGGCGCGACGGGUAGAGAAAGAGAAAACGCCGCCGCGGAGGCCCUCCUCGCGACGCGAGAAGCGUGCUUCGCGUACGCGCCGUACAGCCACAGCCCCGCGGGUCUGGCGCUGACGACGUCGUCCGGGGGCGUCUACGCGGGACGGUCCGUCGAGAGCGCGGCGUACAACCCGUCGAUGUCUCCGCUGCACGUCGCGCUCGUCGCCGCGACGUGCGGCGAACGGUACUCGGAGGACGGCGGCGGCGGCGGCGGCGGCGGCGGCGACGGUGGGUGGGGGGUGACGAGCGCGACGCUGGCGGAGGUCGACGGCGCCGCGGUGUCGUACGAGGGGUGGUGCCGGUUGAUGCUCGGCGUGAUCGCCCCGGGCGUGGCGUUGACCGUCGUGAAGUUGAAGCGCGAGGACGUCGCGGCGUAG